AGUCGAACCACCAACCACCACCGUCGCCCUUGCUCAACUGCCCCAGCCAUCUGCACUCCCCAUCGUGAAUCUGGCCGCCCUCAUCUCCACACACGCCGCCAGAUACUGCGCCGCGAGAACGUUUUCUUCGGUUGGUCGCCGGACAGCUUUCGCGGCGAAGCGACCCUCCCUCCUCAGAUCAAGCACACGACCCAUCAUGAACGGCGUCACCCACGAGAUCUUGCCCGAGGAUGGCAAGAAGAACAUCCUCAUUACUUCCGCGUUGCCGUAUGUGAACAACGUCCCGCAUCUCGGCAACAUCAUCGGGAGUGUGUUGUCCGCCGACGUUUUCUCGCGAUACUGCAAAGCGCGCGGCCAUCCCACCCUCUUCGUCUGCGGCACGGACGAAUACGGCACGGCGACGGAGACAAAGGCGAUAGAAGAGGGUGUGACACCUCAACAGCUAUGCGACAAAUACUACCGAUUACACAAGGAGGUCUACGACUGGUUUGAGAUUGCCUUUGACCACUUCGGCCGCACGCCCACGCAAGAGCAAACAGACAUCGCGCAGGACAUCUUUCUGAAGCUGCACAAGAAUGGAUACUUGGAUGAGGAGACCACCAAACAACCAUACUGCGAACAGCAUCAAGGCUUCCUGGCAGACCGAUUUGUAGAAGGCGAGUGUCCGCUUUGCGCAUACAAGGAUGCGCGAGGGGACCAGUGCGACAAGUGCGGUCACCUCCUCGAUCCCUUCGACCUGAUCAAUCCCAAGUGCAAGCUUGACGGUGCUACCCCACAGGCGAGAGAUACGAAGCACGUCUUCAUUCGGCUGGACAAAUUGCAAGACAAAGUAGCCGCGUGGGCGAAGGAGAGCAACGAGAAGGGUGCGUGGAGCGAGAACGGCGUCAACAUCACCAACGGCUGGCUGAAAGAAGGUCUCAAACCGCGAGGUAUCACCCGAGAUCUGAAAUGGGGCACCGCCGUCCCCUUGCCGGGCUACGAAAACAAGGUCAUGUAUGUGUGGUUUGAUGCCUGCAUUGGCUAUGUAUCCAUCACCGCCACCUACACGAAGCAGUGGGAGAAGUGGUGGAGGAAUCCAGAGCAGGUGCAGCUCUAUCAGUUCAUGGGCAAAGACAACGUCCCCUUCCACACCGUCGUCUUUCCAAGCUCGCAAUUGGGCACCGGGGACAAAUGGACCAUGCUGAACCACAUCAGCACCACCGAAUACCUCAACUACGAAAAGGGCAAAUUUUCCAAGAGCAGAGGCAUUGGGGUGUUUGGUAAUUCUGCCAAAGAUACCGGCGUUGCAGCAGAUGUGUGGCGGUAUUUCCUGCUCCUGCGAAGACCGGAGACCAGCGAUACCGAGUUCGAAUGGGACGGCUUCAUCUCGGCCAACAACAACGAACUGGUCAACAACUUUGGCAACUUUGUCAACCGCAUCCUCAAAUUCGUCAACUCGGACAAGACAUACGACUCGAUCAUUCCGGCUCUGCCAACCCCUGGCAACGACGACACUGCAGCAAUCUCGAGCAAGCACCAGCAGCACCUGGAGGAGACCAACACCCUGCUAGCUACGUAUCGCGAACAGAUGGAUGGUGUGCACCUGAAAGCCGGCCUCGUCACCGCUCGCGAGCUCUCCUCGCUUGGCAACAAACUCCUCCAAGACAACCGGCUGGACAAUGCGCUCUUCCAGAACGACCGGCCUCUCUGCGACGCCGUGGUGAACCUGGCCGUCAACCACGUCCACCUCCUGGCGUCCGUACUGGCUCCUUAUCUGCCCGCAACAACGCGCAGCAUUCUGAAGCAGCUCAACGCCGAGCUGCUCAUCAUCCCCGACGAGUGGAAAGCAGAGUCGAUUCCCGCCGGGCAUAAGAUCGGAAAGGCACAGCACUUGUUCAAGAUCAUCAAGCCAGAGAAGGAGGUCGAGUGGCGGGAGCAGUACGGUGGGCAGGAGCUGCAGAAGGUCAAGGAGGCCGAGGCGGCGAAGAAGGCAGCCAAGAAAGCGGAGAAGGAGAGAAAGAAGGCCGCGUCGAAGAGCAAGAAGGGCGUGGAGGAUUUCGAGAAGGAUGGGGCUCAGAGCAAUCCACAGGCUGGGGAUGCAUUGGAAGAGGUGACGGAGGGGGUGCGGCAGGCGGCAUUGCAGACCAGCUAGAUGUUUAUUCGGGGAGCAUGUGGGAAUGAGAUUUCUUGAUGAUCG